AGCCUUAGGUUAAUGGUAUACAACGAUGAAUUGUACAAAGUUGAGAGCUUAAAUUGAAGUUAUAAAACCAGAAUACAUUUUAAUUAUUACUUUUAAAACUAUUUACAUUUUAAUUAUUUGAAACAAAGUAUUUUCCAAAAAUUCUCCAAAUAAGAUAUUCUACAAACAUAAUGAAGAAUUAAAUCAUUAUAUCAAUAUGAAAUACACCAAUAAGCUUAACUAAGCAGAAGAAUUUAGUUAUUGUCAAGAAUCAACUGAGAAGCAUUAUUUUGAAAAAUACUGUAUAUCCGAAUCAAGAAACGCUAGUUAUGGUUGGUUUAGACCAGAAGUCCCGACACUAACAAGAAUAGUGUGUUUCCAAGAAACUACUGAAAGACUUCGCUGUGAGGUGUAUAAUUUCUCAAGAUGUGCACACUGCGAUGAACAGCAGUUACUACCAUGAAAGACUGUUGCUGAGUCGUCGACGUCCCGUGACGUCAUGUGUUGACGUUAAAGAAAAACAAAAGCAUCUGUACCACUCCAAACAAGAAAAUCACGUAGCACGUAGACAGUUCCCCAGUCUUGUCUGGCAAGUCAGUGAGCCCGUAUUGGAAUUGGAAUAAUAUAUAACAAGGCACUUUUAGGAGGUAGAAACUGUGCUUAGUAGCUUGUGCUUGCUGCUGUGCGAGUGAAAUGACGUCUACACCAAAAUCUAUUGAAGAUGGACUUGGAGAGUCGUGGGUGGAGCUGAGCUCGACCAGCCGCAGCCCGGACAGGGUGACGCCGCUGCCCUUCACGUCGGGCGAGGAGUACCUGCGGCUGCUGAGGGAGGCCCAGAGGGAGAGCAACCAGUCCUCGGCGCGGGUCUCGCUGGCCUCCUCUCGCAGGGACACCCCGCGGGACAGUCCCAAGUCUCCUCCGAACAGCCCUAACACAGAGCUUUCUACCGAUGACGAUCUCAAGGGGGUGUACAUCAACUACGCAUAUAAGGACGGAGAGUUCGUGAACGUGGAGCGCAGCACCGACUGGAUCUGGGACUGGAGCAGCCGGCCGGACCAGGCGCCGCCCAAAGACUGGAAGUUCAAGCACCCCAAGAGGAAAACCUACAGCAUACGCCACGCCAAGGUCGGCAAGAACAGUCUCUUCUCGAAGGAAGUCCUCUACACGUUGUUCAUUACAAACUUCAUCUCUCUGCUGCUUGGCACAGGAGUGGGAGUGUGGCUGAACAAGAGGGGGCUGUACCUGCCCAGGCUGAGCCUGGAAUGACUCGCGACGGCUCGGUCAUGAGGUCAAAGACUGACGGGAGGUGGGCGGAGAGGGGGCACCGCUGGGGAUGAGAGCUUCUUAUUCACGUUUUUUUCACUACUCUUUGUACUCCGCACCGUCUGGCGUCGUCCAUCACCGGAGGCCAGCUCUUAGCUGCAGUCACCGACUCUGUGACUUGCUGUCACUGUCCAGUACCGACGUCCGUGUAUUUCUAGUGUGUGAAUCCCUGUGUAAAAUUACAGUAUCAAGUUUGUACCGUUUGCAUAACGAGCAUAAGUCAGUCCGUGAGUUCAGCGACAGAUCUCAGCAUAACUAAAAUAAUGGUUACUUUUCCAUGGUUUGGUAUAUUUAGGUAGAUGGGAUUGUGUAAGUGUGGCAAGUAUUUCGUAAACCAGGUAAUUAGUCUGUUUGUUGUCUUAACUGUGUUAAGCAGCCUGGAUUAUUUUUAAAUACUGUUUCAUGAAAAAACUGUAUGUUUAAUCUUUAUUAGCAGUUUUUGGACUGCAAGAGUAAUUUGUAUUUUUGGCUGGAGGUUGUUCUAAUGUUUUGUUAUUUCAAAAGUGUACAAAUGUGUUAACAUUGAGCAUUGGUUACAAGCACACGACCACACCAUGUAUAUCUUCACUGUCUAGACAGAUUCAGAGUGAUGACAUGCCUUUUACUGGUUGGGUGGACCCCCAGAUGUUCCUUAUUCGGAAAGUCUGAGCGAUGUUGCUCGAUGGGUGAUAGCAUCAAGUCUGCUGCAGGUCUGAUUGUCUCGGGGGAAAUGGAGGGGUGAUAGUAAUUUGGCAUAUCCUAGCUCAUUUUCAGUAAGCCGUCGGGCAAGAGGGGCCCGCAUAUUCAGUGGUGUAUCUGUAUUAGUGAGGCGGGAUGAUAAGUGCGACGUUAGCUGGUGCUUCUAGCGCAGUAUAUCUUCUAAGCGCAAGACUCUGAACUGACGCGCAGUCUUCUCGUCGCACAUAGUAACACCAAGAAAUUUGAGAAGUAACCAUAACAUUAGAUGGUGUAGUAGAAAUGAAGAUAGAGGUUUAAUGCAAGACCUUGGGUGCUUUCAAGAACAUUUACUGGGUAUUGUCUGAAAACAUGCAUUUCAGCCCUUUUUGCUUUCCUAAAAAUGAAGUUUUUAAAAACGAAAUAUGGAAACAGAACUACCCUUCCUCACCUCAGUGCAUUCUUUAAUGCUUUUUGUAAACGGACCCCACUCGGACAUCUUGAGCAGUUUUCAAAUCACGUGGUUUCUUCUGAAGUUCUGCGCACCACGUGUGUGCCCGGGUGGGCGGAGACUGACCCGGCCUGUCUUGGGGCAGGAGUGGAGAAUAACUGUUUCACUGGAGAGUUCAAAUUGCUCCAUCAAUUAACUUCGCUGUAACGGAGGCACAGCAAUGGAGUCAAGUGUGCAUUAGCGGCAACCGUAGUCCAAAUUUAUUUGCAGGAAGGCUUAAUUAUUUUUCUUAAUAAGAAUAACAAAUCAUUUAAUAAGAAUAAUAAAAAAAAAACUUUUUUUAUGUGAAACUUCUUUGGGUGCGAUGAGAGUAAAAUUUCAAGGCCGAAUUUUAAUGUGAAAGAUUGUCGUGAAACGUUUCUGACAUGAAAAUGACAGAGGAUAGGUACUUGGCCAAAGAGAUAUAGAGAGAGCACUGUGCUGUAUAUGUUCCUGGGCUCAUUUUUUUUCCCUUUGUGCAAUGAUUCGUCCCCAGCCCAAGGAAAAAAAAUAGAACCAAGGGAGACACAUGAACGAAAGAAUAAGUCAGAGAGAGUGCACAUGUGCUUGUUUCAGGAAAUAGAUAUAGGUAGGCCUAUCGUAUACUGUCAGCUGUGAGUGCCUUGAGUUUUAUAUUUGCUAUCAGAGCACUAGUGUUCCUCCUUGUUCAACCAGCAAUGUAGAGAGCGCUGUAGAGACAGUCCCUGCAUUUCCCACAUAGAUAGUGGUACCUGUUAUGAAUUUUAUAUUUCAUUCAGAGAUACGGCAUGUUCCAAAUGGCAGAAUUGUUUGGAAAAAAAACAGUAACACGCAUAGUGAAGUAAGUAAUCAUUUUCUUAAUUCGUGUUUAUUUAGAAAAUUGUCUUCUUUCUCUCUCUCUCUCUCUCUCUCUCUCUCUCUCUCUCUGUCAUUUUACCCAUUGUGAUAUACUUACGAGUUGAGGUUUGAAUUGCCAAAGAAGUUUCACUUGUAUCAUGUGUACUAAGUUACACAUACUUUUUUUUUAAUUUAGCAAUACAGAUAUUGUUUGCGAACGAAGAACUCUUAUGUUGUAGAUGUAAAAUUGUUAUUUUUCACAGAUAAAGGAUGUUAGUGUGCCAAGCCGUGGGGUUUUUGAUUGACAUAAACAUUAUCAGAAAAAAUUUAGGUAUUUUUCAAGAUCCCACACUGAACAUUAUUUAUGUAAAUAAUGUAAAACUUUUGUGGACGAGAUAAGAAAAAAAUUAAACUUUAAUUUUUUUUUUAGUUGCACAUGUUCAUUAAUUAAUGUGUACUGGUCUCAGUGUGCAGUGUGUAUAAUAUGGUUAAAUUUUUUUACAACCAUGAGAAAUAAAUUGUUUUUAGUGUUGUUUUUUUAUGUCUUGACUUAUUGAAAGAGUUAAGAACUGUAUUUGAAUAAUUAGGUGUGCUUUAAAGUACAUAACAGUACUAUUUCAAGUAAGUUGCUUGUAAGGAUUAGAAAAAUAUAUACUUCUUUAUUGGCUAGGAAAAUUGGUAAAACAGGGUUUUGUCAUUUUAGACUUGAUGGCAAGAAGUGUGAGCUGAGGAUCUCAAUACUUAGCAAGAUGAGCUUGAGAAAUUUGUGUUAAAACUAAAGUAUUCUUGCAAGUGUAAAAUGGUUCACCGUACAGAAUGUAGUGAAAGAUAUUCACGGUCACAGAAAAUCAAUUUUGUUAUUGUGUGUGCCUCAUUAAAACUGUUGGUAAGAUUUUACUUAUUUGCAUAAAAUGUAUGUUUAUAUUAAAACUGUAAAAAUACCCAGAAACAUUAAAUGGAAAGGUUUAAGAAGACAUCUACAUCAUUAUAGUAAGCAUCGAGUCAUUUAAGCACAGAUUCGUAUGAAUUAAUUUAAUCAUACCAGAUGUUGGGAUUGAACUCACGGGAACACAUGAGAAUGUGACAUCUCUGUGAUCACAACCCAGGAUGACCAAAAAAACUUGAGAAUUUUCUAUUCCUUCAAAACUAUACUGAAUUAUGAUCACAUUAUUUGACACCAUCAAUCCUAAGUGUGUGCAUACUGUUAUAUCUUAAGACUUGUACUUACUGUUUGAUACAGUAUGAUUGAGAACAUUAAUGUUUAAAGUACGUAGUUGAAACAACAUUAAACACAAUUUAAAUGAGCUGGAUUGUUAACUAAAAACAAGCCUCAUUAUAUACGUAUUUCCUUAUUUUUACGUAGUGCAGAUGGCAAUCGUCUGAUUUUAGUUGGGCCAAGAUAUAAUUAUUUGAAUGAUUAUAAUACAAUUUGAUGAGUAAUGUAGUUUCAAAAUGAUGGAUCAUUGGUAAAUAACAUACAAGCUGCUUUUAUGUGUGUUCCGAGACAUGGUAGUAUAAUUUCCUGGGAAUUUUGAUAGUUUUUGUUCUGUCUCGGACAUAUUUAUACAUGAGAUUGAGGUUUAUUUGGGUUUAGUACCAUUCAACUAUAGAGGAUCUGUUUCUACUGUAUCCCAUAACUGCUCUUUUAUUUGCCAUUUGGGAUAAGUUCUCUCACCGUUCAGUACAAUCGCUAAUAAUUUGUGGUCAUAGAGAAAUGUUCACACCAAGGAACAGCAGGGUACCUAGAGAUGCUUGUAUCCAAAUGCAUGCAAAGAUGAAAGCAGCCAUGAAGCCAUAGAUGUACCAUUAGUUUGUUUCAUCAGCCAUUGUUGCACUAUUUAAAAUGCAGGACUUGAUGAACGAAAGACGUAGGUAUGAUGUACAUACACAUGUUUGUGCACAAUGUUAAUUGUCACUGUAAUUUUAUGUACUGGUUCAUUGCUUAGUUUCUUAAAUUUAUUUUAGCUUCUUAGAAUAAGUCUUUGUAAUAGUUUUUCAAUAUGUCAGAUGUUUUAAGUUUGUGUUGUGUUUAUGAAUUCAAAUAUAUAUUAUUUUUAACAUUGUUUAUAUAAUACUUUAGACUUAGAGGAUGUAAAAUAUUUGGCUUUGUUUCCUAGCUCUGAUUUGUGCUCGUUAUUCCAUAAUUUUCUGUAAGUGUGGAUAGUGAGGUUUUGGUUUAAUACAGUCUAUAAUGAUACACAUUGAUAAUUUAUUUCUCUAAGCUGAGUAUUCUGUUUACUAUAUAAGCUACGUAGUGGUUCCAGAUGAUACAUUUUCUAUUCGUACUAAGAUAUAUAUGUAUAUAUAGCUAUUAUUUUCUAUUCUCUACUAAGAAACAUAGUUUUGCAAAGAUCUAAUAACUAUUUUGGAAUUCAAAACUUUAACUAUGCGUUUGUAAAAUUGUUGACUUAUUGGGAUUGUGACGGAUGUUUUGUAAGCAUUUUGAAUGAAAUAUUAUAUUCCAUAUCUCAUGUUAGAAUUAGAAUUUUUGACAAUGUUUAAAGUUAUACAGAUAUUGUACAGUAAAUAAAAAAAAAUUGUGGCAAA